UGGAGCAGUCGAACAAAGAGAAUUGACUGAAGUAGAGGCUUAGUUCUGGGGGUUUGACUUAACACUUUUUCGACUAACCCUUAACCAAAUCCAAUUAACCAUUAACCAAGUCAAUCCUCAUUGCAGUCGAAUGUCAACAACGUGCUCCAAAGGUCACACAAGAAACUCUUCACUUUUUAAAUAAAAUAGUCUAAGGUUUGAGUGAGGGAGAAUGACACCUUCUGAGUCCAGUGGUUGUGGACAGCUGGAGAGUGCUGGAAACUCUGGAACAGAAAUGUUGCCUCCAGAGAAAUUCGAGGUAGAUAGGUGCGUGGGGUGGAUUCAAGCACGUGGGGCUGACAAGGUGUGUUUACAAUUUCCGGACUCAUCUCUCAGAGACUCUGCGAAGAUAGCCCUCCGGUUCGAGGAGCUCCUAGGUAAAAAAGUUUAUAUCCUUGGGGACACGACUUGCGGAAGUUGCUGUGUAGACGAGGUUGCUGCAAAUCAUAUAAAUGCUGACGCAAUAGUGCACUUCGGUCACGCCUGUCUCAAUCCAACGUCCCGAAUCCCUGUCUUCCACAUUCUCCCCAAGAGAGAUAUCGACGUCGUCGCCGUGGUCAGUCAAUUCGAGAGUUCUUUUCCAGACGCUGACGAGAAGAUUCUCGUUUUUUAUGAUGUCUCACACGCCCACCAGGUACAUGAAAUCUGGGAGUUGUUGAGUAAAAAAUAUAAUAAACUCGUCCUGACGACCCUCAACUGCACCUCGAAUUUGGAUUUCGUGGACACAAAAAUCUCUUCGAGUCCCAUUGUGUCUGGUCGCAGUUGGAGUGUUGAAAAUGGCUAUAAAACAGAAGAAUACACAGCUGUGUUCAUCGGUGAGAACGACAGGACACUGGCAUCUCUGGCCAUGAGCAUUCCCGCGAAGAGCUGGUACCACACAUCAGGUCUUGCCCUAGCAAAAUUCGAUGCCAUCUCGAGUCCUUGGCUUAAACGUCGAAGAUACUUGGUAGAAACAUUGAAAGACGCCAAGACAGUGGGAAUAGUUGUUGCGACAUUGGGAAUAAAAAAUUACCUCGAGGCUCUCUCUUCUAUAAAACAAAUACUGAAAAAGAAAAAGAAGAAAUCGUACAUUUUCAGCAUCGGAAAAAUCAAUCCAGCGAAAUUGGCGAAUUUUCCUGAGGUCGAUGCCUUCGUUGUUAUAGCAUGUCCAGAGAGCGAUAUAUUCGAUUCAAAAGAUUAUUUCAAGCCUCUGCUAACUCCUUUCGAGGUAGAACUGGCCUUCAACAGCUCCAGGGAAUUUUCUACCCACUACUGCCUCGAUUUUCGCCAGAUUCUCCCCGAUGGGUCGAACUACGUAGAGUUCAUAGCUUCGGCAGGUCCAGAUCUCUCUCUGAUCUCCAAUGGCAUAAGAACUGAAGAGCCUGAAAUUUCCACCGAAACAAUGAGUGCAUUAGCUUGUAAAGACAAUGGGACUGUGGCUAUUGGCAAAGCUGGGGCUAAUUUCCUGGUGAAGAGAUCCUGGCAGGGACUCGAGCAGAGAAUAGGAGAGGACGAGGUUAAGAUUGCAGAGAAGGGACGACGUGGGCUUCCCGUUAAUUAUGAAAAUGAACCACUCCACAAAGCUUGAUAAACUUGAUUCAAAUUAAUUGAAGAUUAAUUUAUUUGUACAAUUAUAAUAAUAAAACAUUUUUCUAUUUGUUAGUGACA